CCUCCAUAUAUGGCAAUUCUUAUAGGAGGAACCAGUGCCAUGUUUAUCCUGCACACCUUCCUUAACACAUAGUAUGACCUCAUUGGCUUUUGCAGCCUAAUGAAUUGCAUGUGUCGGCUAAUUUGGAUUAGAGCCCUUCUGUUAUUCCAGGUGACAAGUAAUUGCAGCCCUCUGGCGCACAUCUCAUGCCCCCAAAGAAGGCAAUGCGUGUCAGUCAAUACAUCGCGCUGUAUCCGCAGCGGUUAACACUUUCCUAAUUGUUUAAGGUAAAUUAUUACUUGCCAAAGUUUGCUGCAAGCCGGCGAAUAUAUAUAUCCCUCCACGCCUAGCUGCUCUUUCCGAAGCACCAAGCCGAAGGCAAGCGCACUCGAUCGCCAGGCGUGGGAGAGAUUAUACCUGUUUAAGGUUCGCCAGGCAAGGUCGAUGGAGGGAGAGAAGAAGGUGGCCGCCAUGGAGGAGGUGAAAGGGAAGGAGACGACGGCGGAGGCGGUGGCCGCCGACGUGAGCCUGAAGCAGCUGUCCAAGAAGCUAGAUGACUUCGCCAAGGAGAGGGACUGGGAGAAGCACCAUAGCCCGAGGAACCUCCUGCUUGCCAUGGUUGGUGAGGUCGGGGAGCUGUCGGAGCUGUUCAUGUGGAAAGGGGAGGUCCAGAAGGGUUGUCCGGGCUGGGAGGAGUCGGAGAAGGAACACCUCGGCGAGGAGCUCUCUGACGUGCUGCUCUACCUGAUCCGGCUCUCUGACAUGUGCGGCGUUGACCUUGGCGACGCGGCACUGAAGAAGAUUGUGAAGAACGCCGUCAAGUACCCGGCUCCGUCAAAGGGCGCCUGAUGCAACGCCUAAUGAUCUACAGACGCGCUGCUAGUUCUUAUGCGGGCUUGUUGUCGGGCGGAUCAUGCAUCGUAGCUUUAUGUAAUUCCUAGUGGACCGAUGUCGAGAAUUUUUCUCUUAUGAGAACUUCAGUUUGCGUGGUAUGCUGUUGAAACGUCUGUGAGUGAGACAGAACGGAAUUUUGCGAAAGAACAUUGUCUAGCAUGUGUGGAUUCUGUUUGCUGAGAUCAAACAGCACCAGAAACAAAAUAUAUGAAACCAUUUUGUUCA